CCCGGCAACUGGCCACACUGAUAACGACAAAAAGUGAAAAACAAAGACUUUUAUUAUUUACCUGCAGACGCAAACAAUUGUGUUGUGCGAACAAAUUUACGUGUUAACCGAUAGUGCAAGCCGUCUCGCAAAGUGGAAAACCCAAAAGAAAAAAAGAGAAAACUCGAUUGUGAAGGCGAAGAUUUGUCAACGCAAACGCGGAAAAACUCGGGCGAGAGCGUAACAUUCGUUAAUAAUAGUAGGCAGCAGCUGCUGCUGAAGCAACAAAAACAUUGCGGAAGCAGAAUCCGCCUUAUCGUGUCGCUGGUUUCCGUCGCAGAGCUAAAAAUAGAACCUCCCCCACUCCGACCCCGCGCCCGAACCCGCAGCACACCACCGCCCCACUCCACCCACGCCCACACAUACAAGCGCAGGAAUUUGGCAACAGCAGUGGCGAGGUGAACUUGUGUUGACUUUUCCAGCGCGCGGACUUCUACGGAAGAAAAUGCAGAAAUGAGAAAUCACAGAAUCGGCACACACAUCUCGGAAUUUGCGAGCCGGAGGCGCCUUGAAUGAGAGCCCUUAGCCCGUCGCCGACAUGUCAGAUUUCGUGCCGCGCGACCUCCUCCCCGAUCUGUGGGAGGAGAUACUGCGUCGUCACUGGUCCUUUCUCGAAACCGAGGAGAACAUCCAGAAGCUCGAGGAGCGGAAGAAGCUCGAGGGCUGUCUGAAAGAGUUUCUAUCCGUGGUGCCGCACGAUCGCAAGUUCUUUUUGCCGGAGACAGGGCGUGUCCUGCGUAGAUCGGUGCGCGACCACGGCGCCUUUACGGCCCAGAACGCCUAUGUGGCCUUCGAGACCAUCAGCCAGUAUGCCAAUAAUCUGUUUACAAAGCCGUGGCGAAAGGAGUAUCGUACGCUUAAGACCUAUUCAGGAUGCUUCCAGCACGAUAUACAAUCACGGCUCGUUGAUGCCGAGCAGCUGUUUUUGGCGAUGGGCUACCGCCGCGUCUCGGACGACACGUUCGUGCUCGAGGGUCCCAUUUGCCCGGAUCAGGUGACGAACGUAUCGCGCGAUGCCAUGGCCGCCUACGUCGAGUGCCAGAUCAUGAAACACAUCUAUGCAGGCGUAACGGCAGCGGGCUAUAGCUGCAGCUGGAAGGACAUUUUGCAACAUCGAGAGACCCAUGUCGGCGGCACCACGCAGACCAUCAAGGAGAUGGUUUACCGGCUAAGCGAGAAGAGGAUGCGUAAAGAGCAGCCGGUGCAGGAGAACACCUACAGCAAUGUGGCGACAUUAGCCUCAGGCGCUUGUGCUUUGCACGGUAACAGCACUCCGGCGCAUCCCGGCAGCAGCUGCGCCCUGCAUCCGAAUGGCAUAAGCAUGGUGGGCAACGAGGCGGGCAAGUACCUUCCGCCAUAUCCGGCGCCACCGUCGCAGCAGCAGCCACAUUUGCCUCCUGGCCCGUUGAUGACGCACUCUCGGAGUCUGGAGCACUACCAAGAGCCGCACGCGCAUCUAACGCAUCGCCACUCCUUUGACCAGCAUCUGCAGCAGCCGCAGUGCCAACUGCCCCAUGUCUACGAGGCGCCCUACGACUGCCUUGAUGGACUAAGCAUGGGCAGCAGUGCUUCCUAUGCGGCCGUUGCUGGGGCUUACAAUGCUCCGGGCAAUCGUUAUCCGCUGCCGUACAACAUCUCCAGCCAACUGAAUGCUCCGUAUGCAUCGCCCGCCGACGUUUACGCCAGUGGGGAGCAUCCCAACAUGUAUGCUACUCUCGGUAAGACUGGCCCCACAGGACACAGCUGCGACUUUCAUCGUCGCCAGCCAGCCGCCGCCGCUUUGGCUGCCAUGCAACAUCGGCAAAGCACUUAUCCGCCAGACCAUCAUCUAAUAGAUUUUGACGAGCGGGCGCAACUGACGCAGCACGACUUCGGGACUCACGACUACGAUCCGCAGUAUGCGGAGCUGGUGCGGGGUCAAGUGCAGCCAAGCAUUCGCGCGAAUCCCGCUGCACGUUAUGCAACCUACGGGGGCUAUGACCUGCCGACCACGUUGCCACAGGCACCGCCGCCAACGGCUCAGGACAUGUAUAUCUAUGCCCAACCUGUGCCCAAGAGCAGCCGGAUGCGGGCGCUGGCAGAGGCAGGGGGCAGCAAUCCGACUGACAAGCAUCGUUCGGCGGAUAAGCAGAAUCCCAUGGACAAUAAUCGCAAGAUGCACAAGGAAUUGAAGGAGCGUAUCAGCCGGACGGCUCCUGCGAAGAGAUCGGGCAAUGAACGUGAUAUUCCCACCACCAUUUCAGACAUGACCAGCUACGAGUCGGCCAGCCUAGACGACUUCGUUACACUGGACAACCCUUCACCGCCGCUGAUGCCAAAGGUAAAGGAGGGUGUGGGCAGCUUCGAGUCCUGGAACUAUGUGUUCAAGAACCUUGAGCGCUCUGGCUACAACAAGGACUUGGGUGACCGUGAAGACUUGCUGGUGCAGAGCUUGGACCUUGACUCGCUGGCCAUAACGAAUGGCGGUGGGCCCGCCCCACCGACGGAGAAGCGACGCGAUCCCUCGAAGUCAACGACACGUACUGGCGGAGAACCUAAUGGCCACGAAAGGGCACGCACGUUAGAAAAGAAACCUGGUACAAGCCGAAGGGGAGAGGCAAAGGUAGUGCAGGCUCCAGCGCCAAGUCCGCUGCCUAACAGCAGCAGUGCCGGCGUGAAGAAGGUAAAGUCCGCCUUGAAAACGGCCAAUGUAGACGGCAAUCGGGGCACGGCCGGCACGCGCAAUCGCACGGGCGCUGUGCCCAAGCAACCUCUGGCCGUUUCUCCACAGCUGAUUGUGACGAGUCCGAACGAGUGGAGCUGCCGAUUUUGCACGUUCCUCAAUCCGGACACCAAGCGCAUCUGCGAGAUGUGCUGCCGCAGUAAGGACUUCAAUCUAGAGGCCGCCACGGCCGCAUCAUCGUCGGCAGCUGCUGCUGCUGCGGCGGCAGCGUCGGCCAGCGUGUCGCACGCAUCCUCGACCUGCGUUUAGGCUAUCUUGGCCUUUAGGCCGCACUCGCCCCCGUUAGUGAUACAAACACAGUGUAUAGCUUGAUAUAUUUUUUAUACGAUACAAUGUAAAAGCCUGUGCGUGUCUCCAAGAUCUAGUCUCGUAGUCGUUCUACGAUGGCACCGCCGCUUUGUUAUUCGGAUCAGAGCGGAUCGUCUGUAAAUAGGAAGUAUUCUUACUUAGUUACCCCUUAUACCUGUAAACACACACGCUUUAAUUAGUUAUAGAUUGUUUCCCCAUUGUUAAGGGCGCUGUUCUGUUUCAAAUUACGUGCCUCCCCGUGUAAGUCAUCUAUAAGUAUAUAUACAACUAAUCAUCUUGACAAUUAUAUAUGCGAUAGAACGAGAGAGUGAAAUUCGAACUUGGAAAUUUUCUAGGAAAUCAACUGAUAAUUAUAUACCUUAUAUACUUAAUAGUUCCAUUCACAAUACGUAUUUCCAAGGAGUAAAUCAGAGUACAUAGCUGAGUUCUUGGGGCAGCAGCCAAGCCUAUAUACCGAAAAUUGCAUAGUUAAUAUCUACACCUAUAGCCGUAACAUAAGCGAUUUCAAUUCACUGAACCGAGCUAAGCAUUAACGCCUAACACAGAGCAGAAGCAGACCAUAAAUGAGUCGAAACAGAACUGGUACGGGUUGUAAACUUACAAUUUUUUAUUAACAUUUAUCGGAAAGGAUAUACAGCAGGAACCUCACUUACAAACUCCACCCCGAAAUAAAUGGACAGAAAGGUAAUCCACGAUUCGAAAGGACAUCCCACCCACCCAAGCUACGCCCCCGCCUAGUCCCAAAGCUUAUUUGUUUGUUGAGAUGUUACUAUUGAUUACGCCACUGUUUUUAGCAGAUCCCGGUAGAAACGAAAAGCACUCGAGAUAUUUUUAUAAAUAAGAGAACGGAACCACGUACCUAUUGCUCUAUGUUAAUUAGUUUAUUCAAUUUUUUUGUUCAAUCCAAUUUUGUUAAAAUAUCAAGUCCCCAAAUAUUGUUCGCUGUAUAGCAAUUUGCAAACGAAUAAUAAUGGAAAUUCAACUUUA